AUGACGAAUCUCUCGUUCAGCGAGGGCGGAGAGUUCACCUCUGUCGAUCUAUCUUUGGGUCUUAGCGAAUCAGAUGCUCAGAAGAGACUCGCCAGAGAUGGACCGAACGUGUUGACUCCACCCAAAGAGAAGGGAGCAUUCAUCAAAUUUAUUGAGAUAAUGUUUGGAGGGUUUGCCAUCUUGCUCUGGGGAGGUUUCGUGUUGGCACUCAUCGCUUACGGCAUCCAAUUCUUAAAUGACAGCAAUCCGCCGAAAGAUAACCUCUACCUGGCAAUCGUCUUAUUUGCCGUCGUAGCAAUAACAGGAGCAUUCUCAUACUACCAGAACUAUUCAAGCUCAAAAGUCAUGGACUCUUUCAGGAAUCUCAUACCUCAGAUAGCAACAGUCAUUCGUGAUGGGAAGAAGCAAAGCAUGGAGGCCUUGAAGCUGGUGGUCGGAGAUGUGGUCGACGUCAAGUUCGGCGACAGAGUCCCUGCAGAUAUCAGAAUAAUAGAGAGCUCAUCUUGCAAAGUUGACAACUCUUCGCUGACUGGCGAGUCGGAACCACAAGUACGUGGGGCAAAAUGCACUCACGACAAUCCGUUAGAAACAAAAAAUGUGGCUUUCUUUUCAACAAACGUCAUUGAGGGCACGGCACGAGGUAUAGUAAUACGAACAGGCGAUGAGACGGUGAUGGGCAGGAUAGCCAACUUAACAUCGGGACUCGGUGACUCCGAGACAACAUUGAGCAAGGAGAUGGCUUACUUCGUCAGGCUCAUCAUCAUCAUCUCAAUCACUGUGGCUACGUUCUUUUUCACCAUCGCUAUGCUUUUCGGCUACAACUGGUUGAAAGCGAUCGGUUUCUUGAUAGGAAUCAUCAUGGGCAACGUUCCAGAAGGUCUGCUCACACAAAUCUGUGUGAUGUUGACAUUGACAGCCAAAAGGAUGGCAAAAAAGAACUGCCUGGUGAAAAAUUUAGAGUGUGUGGAAACUUUGGGGUCAUGUUCUGCCAUCUGUAGUGACAAGACCGGAACCCUAACACAGAACAGAAUGACGGUCGCACACAUGUGGUUCGACGAGAAGAUUUUUGAAAUUGACACGAACGAAGACCAGAGAGGCGCUCUCUACUCUCAAGACAUGCCGACUUGGGUGGCCCUAUCCAGGGUAGCGAUGCUCUGCAACAGGGCCGAGUUCGCGGAUGGCCAACAAAAGCUUCCCAUACUCCGAAGGGAAUGUAGUGGGGAUGCUUCUGAAUCGGCCUUACUAAAGUGCUGCGAGAUGGCCAUCGGAAAUGUGGAAGGGUUCAGAAAACAAAACAAGAAAGUGGCUGAGAUCCCUUUCAACUCAACAAAUAAAUAUCAAGUUUCAAUCCACGAAGUCCUGCUGAACAAUGAAUUGCAGAACGUGCUGAUGAUGAAGGGAGCACCGGAAAGGAUAUGGGAGAGGUGUUCUACUAUAUUAAAUAACGGAGAAGCCCAACAAAUCGUUAAACAAAAUCAUCUUUCAUUCCAAACUUCUUACGACAAUUUGGGAGGACUCGGAGAAAGAGUUUUGGGAUUCGCUCAGUACAUUCUUCCCAAAGAUGAGUUUCCAAUUGGCUACAAUUUUAAUACAGAAAACCCAAACUUUCCGUUGCAAGAGUUGUGCUUUGUUGGUUUGAUGGCCAUGAUCGACCCACCUCGAGCCAGCGUCCCCGAUGCAGUUGCAAAAUGCAGACUGGCCGGCAUCAAAGUGAUAAUGGUGACAGGAGACCACCCGAUCACAGCGAAGGCAAUAGCGAAAAUGGUUGGCAUCAUAUCUCCUGAGAAUGUGACUGUUGAAGAACUGGCCAAGAUGAGAGGCGUGCCUGUGGAAGACAUUGAUCCGAGCUGCGAAGGCAUGCGUGGUCAACGGAGGUCAAUUGAAGGAAAUAAGUUGAUAAUUGUUGAGGGCUGUCAGAGGUUGGGCCACAUUGUGGCCGUCACAGGAGACGGUGUCAAUGAUUCACCUGCUCUUAAGAAGGCAAACAUCGGAAUAGCCAUGGGCAUAACAGGAAGUGACGUCAGCAAGCAGGCGGCUGACAUGGUUCUUCUUGACGACAACUUCUCUUCCAUAGUAACAGGGAUAGAAGAGGGAAGAUUGAUAUUUGAUAACUUGAAGAAGACGAUAGCCUACACGAUAACCCACAUCAUCCCAGAGAUGUCGCCGUUCCUUAUGUACAUCAUAUUUAGCGUGCCCCUGGGGGCGGGAACUAUCACGAUCCUCUUCAUCGACCUGGGCACCGACAUCAUCCCCGCCAUCACGCUGGCCUACGAGAAAGCUGAAAACGACAUCAUGCUGAGGAAGCCGAGAAACAUGAAGGACAAACUCGUCAACGAUACAAUGAUAAUGUUGGCGGGCUUGCAAUACGGAUUCACGGAAGGAAUGGGAUGCGUUUUCACUUACUUCUGCGUCUUCUCUCAGUUCGGAUUCUUUCCACGGACACUUUUGAGUCUCCGGGCUGAAUGGGAGAACCCUGCCAACAACAACCUGGUGGACGAUUAUGGACAGGAGUGGUCCUACUCGGAACGUCUGGUAGCCCAGUACACUAUGUAUUCAACAUACUUCAUGUCCAUAGUGGUGGGACAGUGGUUCAAUCUAAUGGUCUGCAAGACAAGAAGAAAUUCUUUGCUGGAGCAAGGAAUGGUCAACAAGCAGUUGAUAGUGGGAUUGUACGUUGAAACAGCUGUUUGUCUGUUCCUAUGUUUCUGCCCUGGUCUUCAGGAGCCUCUUCAGUUUUACCCCAUACACUGGUCCUGGUUCAUAUGUCCCAUGCCGUUCGCUCUCUUCAUGAUGAGCUACGGAGAGAUCAGAAAAAUCAUUGCCAAAUUCUACCCAGGAGGUUUCGUCGACAGAGAACUUAUCAUCUAA